UAUCUGUACAUAUUUAAACAUAAAAAUAACUUAUUUUGUUAUUGGAAUUAUUUGUCUUCUACUACUACUGCAACUACUACCGCUACUGCUGCUGCUUCUACUACUGCUACUGCUGCAUUAACUACAACUACCUACAACUACUACUACUACUAUUGCUGCUGCUACUACUACCACAGUUGCUGCAUCAACUACAACUACUUACUACUACUACAACUGCGAAGAUGGACGCUAAACUACCUUUUGAGAUACUCAAAGAAAAAGAAGAACAAUUUAAUUUAUCAAUGUUGGAUGAAAAUUUCGCGCGAAAACUCGACGAGCAUGACAACCUCAAAAAAUUCAGAGACAUGUUUCACUAUCCGAAAAAGAAAGAUCUAUAUUGUGUUGAUGCCGAUCUGUUAAAAGGCAAAGAAAAAGAAGAAGACAAAGAAAUAAAAGAAAAAAAAGAAGAGGACAUAGAUAAGAAAGAGGAUGAAGAAUGUUUGUAUCUAUGCGGUCACUCGCUUGGUCUCAUGCCCAAACUAACUGGACAGUAUGUCCAGAGAGAGCUAGAUAAAUGGAGGACUGUGGGGGUAGAGGGACACACACACGGAGACCUCCCAUGGGCCUGGUGCGAUGAGCUACUGCUAGAAUCCAAUGCUAGGCUUAUCGGUGCCCUACCAAAUGAAGUAUCGAUGAUGAACGGCUUGACAGUGAACCAACAUCUGCUUCUGAUAUCAUUCUACCAGCCGACCAGCCAAAGAUACAAAAUAUUGUUAGAAAAACAAGCAUUUCCUUCCGAUCACUACUGCAUCGAAUCUCAAAUUAGGCAGAGAGGAUUAAAUCCGGAAGAGUGCAUGGUUAUAGUUGGCCCCAGAGAAGGUGAAUACUUGCUAAGACAUGAAGAUAUACUAGAGGCCAUAGAAAAAGAAGGUGACAGUAUAGCUGUGGUCAUUUUGGGCGGCGUUCAGUAUUUUACCGGACAGCUUCUUAAUAUGCAGGCAAUAGCCAAAGCCGGACAUGCCAAGGGAUGUUACGUUGGCUUCGAUUUGGCUCACGCAGUCGGGAAUGUUCCUCUGAAGUUGCACGAUUGGGACGUCGAUUUUGCUUGCUGGUGCACAUACAAAUAUUUGUGCUCAGGCGCGGGAGGAAUAGCAGGCGUAUAUAUCCACCAGAAAUUCGAAAAUGUGGAAAUGCCGAAAUUGUUAGGAUGGUGGGGACACAAGAUGGAAACACGCUUUUUUAUGAAUAACAAAAUGGAUUUAAUUCCUGGUGCUCUCGGCUACAGGAUUAGCAACACACCAGGAUUGUUAACCGCCUGUUUGCAGGGAUCGCUACAUGUGUACGACCAGACUUCAAUGGAGGACUUCCGGGCAAAAUCCCUUUUAAUGUCGGCCUACUUCGAACACCUCUUACUAACCAAAUACGGCAAGAAUAGGCAAAACGUUAGUGAAAAUGUCAACGUUAGUGGGGUCCAGAGUAGAAAAGAAUUUUCGGUCGACAUUAUAACUCCGAGAAAUCCGUUUGAAAGAGGUUGUCAAUUUUCUAUUACAACAAACACAGGGGUUUUGCCUCUCUUUAAAGAACUAUCAAGACGCGGAGUUUUGUUAGACAAGAGGGAGCCAAAUGUAUUGAGGCUGUCAUUCAAUCCUUUGUACAACAAAUACAUGGAUAUAUACAAGUUCCUUCUAGUUCUUGACGACUGCAUUCACUGCAUUUUAAAUUCAGUUUAACGGCUUUAGAAUUUUUAUAAAUAACGGGCUUGAUAAAAAUAAUAUUUAUUAUAAUUCUAGUAUUAACGAAGUCUCAAGCUUUUGAUAUAUCUCAGUCAACGUUUUGUUAUGUUUUUUAGCCAUUUUUUGCAGCUCGUACUAAAAAUUUUAUUAAACAUACACACGUACGUAGGGCAAGCAAACAUCUAAGACAUCCAGAAAACAUCAACUAAUUCACAAAAACACACACACACAAGUACACACAAACACACACAAACAUAUGAAUAUAUGUUUAUAUAGCUUUAUAAUAAUUUUAGUCAGAACAAAAAUAGCUUUAUGUUGGUCUGUUCAACUCUUUUAAUAAAACCAAUUUUUCAAUGUUCUUUCCAUUUGAUACAAAAACACGUACUGAACUAAAA